CAAACAAAUACUUUAAUAUCCAUGGAGAUCAACAACCCUAAUCCCUCAAAAAUGGAUAGGAAAUUCAUUGAGAGAAACAGGAGAAUUCAAAUGAAAGCUCUCUAUUCUAAGCUCAAUUCCCUCGUUCCACAUCACACCUCUAGGGAAGCAAUAUCACUGCCUGAUCAACUAGAUGAAGCUACAAAUUACAUAAAAAGUUUAAAGGCAAACUUGGAGAGGAUGAAGGAAAUGAAAGACGGAUUAAGGGGAUUAGUGGAAAGGGCAAAUACAAGUCGCAGCUAUGGGUCAAAAUCUCCUCAAAUCCAGAUUCAAGAAAUUGGUUCUUCUUUGGCGAUCGCCUUGAACACUGGCUUCAACAGUCAGUUCAUUUUCAAUGAAACCAUUCGUAUUGUUCAUGAAGAAAGAGUCGAGGUUGUGAAUGCCAAUUUCUCUGUUGUCGAUGAUGAUACUGUUUUCCACACUAUUCAUCUCACGAUUGGGGAGCCAUCGGCAGCUGCCAGGAUAUCUCAAAGAUUGAACAAGUUUGUCCACGAUGUUGAUGCAUCCAAUAAGUACUGAAAGGUACUGUCUUAAUGGGGUAAAUAAUCUGAAUCAUUGAUCUUAUAAACUACACCUAUUGUUAUGAAAUUAUAAAUGAUGUUUUCAAUUCCCCAUAUGAAAUCUUCUUGUUGUUUUAGGUUGGA